CAAACAUAUGAUUAUUGUCAGAACUUUUUCCCACAAUUUCUUUCAAACCCACUUCUAAAUAAACUCCAAUCUUUUUUUUCCUGCUUUAGAGAGGAUAUCCCUCACCGUUCAACCACAAGCAGUACUUGUUGCGUAACGUUGUUCGUACGACCAAUCUCUCUGCAAGCACACACAUGCCCUCCUAUUAAACUCAAUUCUGAUCAACAACCUCUCUUAUCUCUCUCUGUUUCUUCAUCAAGUUGUUUCUUUUCAUCUGAAUCUUGAGCGAAGAAUCUCUUCUCUGAUCCACAUGACUUGCAUACUGAGCUGCUCUCAUGGCGUCGUGAUCGCAACCGCCAUGGUUUUCUCAAGCACCGCUCUGUUUCUUACCAUUUCCCGCCAAUUAUGUGGUAAUAAUCAACCAUCAGACAUCCAGGAUCAACAUAUCCUCCGACCAUGUCUUUGUUCAGAGGAAAAAAAGAAACAGAGGAAGAAGAAUAAGAAGGUGAAAUUUGCAGAGAAUGUGAAAGAACCUAAAGGGAACGGUGAAGAGUAUCGUAGAAAGAGGGAAAGUCUACGGAGAAACGUACCGGAACCGGUGAUUAAACCGGAUAAGACCGGUUCAGUUUGUAGAAACAACAUGCCUGCUAACCGGAUUGCUCUGUACAAUGGGAUUCUUAGAGACAGAGAUCAUCGAGUUCAGUGCUCCUAUUAACUUUUGCUAUUUCUUCUUUUGACGUAAAAAAAGAAAUAAAAAUUUUAUGUGGAUAACUUUUUCCUAAUUAGCUUUUCUGGGUUCUCUGUAUGUACAUUUCUUCUAGAAAAUCUGUGUAAAUGAUUGAUAUGUAAAACAGAGUUUUUUACUUUUUUA